AUGGAUAUUGAAAGAUUCAAGAGACUCAGUAUUCCUAAAAUUGAAGCAGGGAAAAUGACUGAAGUUGUUAGGGAUGUUAUGAAAGAAGUCCGAACUAGAGAUCAGGAUGCAUAUGGAAAGGUGGCUAAAGACCUGAAACCUCUAACGGAAAAGUUUGAUAAGGAAAUAGAAGAGAUUAGUAAAUUAAGAGAAGAUGUUUCAAAACAAGUUGUCCCAUACGCUGAGCAAGUUCAAAGAUUAGCAUUACCAGGCCCAAGUGGUGAGGUGGCGCCUAAGAUGGUAGCUGAUAGGAACAAGGGAUUCACUCAAGAAGAACUGGCAUUCAUUCAAAACCAGCAAUUGCUAUUGCUAGCUGACAUUUUUUUGCAAACCUUAAAAGAGCCAAAUUAUGCGAAACAAAUAUCAGAUAAAUCUGGUAAAAUAAAUAAGGACUUAGGUCAGAAAAAAGCCAGUUUAAGCACAACAAAAACUAAUAGAAAGAGAAAUAAGGAUGAAAUUGCCGAGUAUAAUGAAGGAAUUGAUAUCAUAAAAAAAUACAGACAAAGAAUUGGUAUUUUAGAGGAAGGUGCAGAAACAUCGAAAGUUGGUCAGGGUAUUUACACACAAAAAAAGAGAAACGCUUAUAAGAUUAACUCCAAUACUGGUGUUUAUGGAAAUGUAAACAUUGAUGUGCCCAACCUUUAUGGCCAGCUUAAACUAAUUGCUCAUAAAGAUGGUAAAAAAGUCUAUGAUAAGCAAGUGGACUUUGAUACCCUUGAUCUGCUCACAAAGAGAUUCAACAGUAAAAAGAAAUAUUCACCAUGAUCAAAAAUGGUAUUUGACGACCUUAACAGAAUAAGUGAUAUUCCAAUUCACCGAACAAGUAAUAAAUACAAAAAAAUCGGUUCAGGGGUUGUUAAUUAUAAUAACCCAGCUGACCUCUUGAACAGAUUGGAAUUGUUAGGUGGAUCCAUAUUGGCUGGAAAUAAUGGUGUGAAAAAUGAAUUUUCCAAAAUUGCUCACACACUGAACAAAUUAGCUAUUCUAAUUAAUAACCAGCUUAACAAUCUGUUGAGGGAGUAUAUAAUGUAAUCAAUAAUAUAAUGCGAGGAAGAGCAAUCCAUAUUUCAUGUGUUGAUAGACAGAAAAUCGGGAAAAAUAAAGCAGAGGAUUUCAUAAUCAAAUUCGAUCCAGUUUUAAAACUCCAAAAUGAUAUGACACACGAAAUAGCAUUGGAUAAGGUUACAAUGACUUACAGUUGGCACAAUAUUUCAGAUCAGUAUCAAAAUAACAAGAUAAAAUACUCAACUGAUGGUGGAAAUUCAUGGGAAACAGUCAAAUUUAUUGAUGGGAUGUACACUUACUCAGACCUGAAUGAUUAUUUACAACAGUACAUGAAAAAGAAGGGCCAUAAAACUACUAAUGCAAAAAAGGAUGAUGUAUACUACAUUACUACUAUUAUUGUCCACAUGUAA